UCCUGGUCCCGCCUCUGUGGGGGAGUGACCUAACGGUGGAAGGAGAGACGAGUUUCCAGCGCCCUCGGCAUACAGCUCUUUUGCUGCUGGCUACAGUUAAGACUAAGAAGGACUUCCAGACAUUGCUAGGAACAGAAAUAAUCCAGGAUGUCCCGGGAGCAGCAGGCAGUGGCUCGUGCCAGGAAAGCUUUUGAAACAGGCAGGUCCAAAUCUUUAGAGCACCGGAUCCACCAGCUAAAGAACCUCCAGCGGUUAUUCACCGAGAGACAGAAAGAGAUUUCAGGUGCAAUCAAGAAAGAUCUUAAUAGGAGUGAGGUGGGGACCCAGCUAUAUGAGACUCUGGGACUGGAGGGGGAGAUCAGCCUCGCCAUCAGGAAGCUGAAGGACUGGGCGGCCCCUCGGCCGGUGGAGAAGAACCUGCUGACCCUCUCAGACACAGUCUACAUCAAGCCAGAGCCACUGGGUGUGGUGCUGAUCAUCGGGGCCUGGAACUACCCCUGGGCUGUCACCAUCCAGCCGCUCAUUGGAGCCAUCGCUGCUGGUAAUGCAGCAGUGAUCAAGCCCUCUGAGGUCUGUGUUCAUACUGCGAAGGCCAUGGAGGACCUGCUGCCCCUUUACAUUGACAAAGAGCUUUACCCGGUAGUAACCGGAGGAGUGUCAGAGACCCAGGAGCUGCUGCGCCAGCGGUUCGAUCACAUCUUCUACACCGGCAACAGCAUGGUGGGCAAAGUGAUCAUGGACGCUGCCGCCAAGCACCUGACGCCUGUCACCCUGGAGUUGGGUGGAAAGACCCCCUGCUACAUUGACAAGAAGUGUGACAUAGCCAUAGCCUGCAGGCGUAUCACUUGGGGAAAGUACACUAACUGUGGUCAGACCUGCAUUGCCCCAGACUAUAUCCUUUGUGAGCCCAGCAUCCAGGACCAGGUCAUCGAAGAGGUCAAGAAGUCCAUUAAGGAGUUUUACACAGACAACCCAAAGACCUGCUCUGACUAUGGACGCAUCAUCAACCAGCACCACUUCAAGAGGAUUAUGGCCAUGUUGGAAGACAGCACCAUCGCUGUAGAAGGAGACAACGAUGAGUCAGACUGCUACAUAGCUCCAACGAUUCUGCGUGACGUGAAGCCAGAGGCGAAGGUGAUGCAGGAGGAGAUAUUUGGACCUGUGCUUCCCAUCUUACCGAUCAGCAGCCUGGACGAAGCGAUCACAUUUAUCAACAAGAGAGAAAAACCUCUGGCCCUCUAUGUCUUCACAUCAGAUGACAAGGUGAUACAGAGAAUGAGAGACGAGACCUCCAGUGGAGGACUGCUGGCCAACGACUGUCUCGUACACUAUUCUGUCAGCUCUCUGCCUUUUGGAGGAGUGGGAAACAGUGGUAUGGGUUGCUACCACGGCAAGUUCAGCUUUGACCAGCUGAGCCACCUGCGUAGUUGUCUCAUCAAAAAGCUGAAUAAGGAGGGGAUGAACAGCAUGAGGUACCCACCCCACACAGUCAAGAAACUAGGCUGGGCUCGCUUCUUCAUCCUGAAGGCUGUAGACCUGGGCUGGAUCAGAUGGAUGGCGCUCUUAGCCGUCCUGCCUGUGGUGGCCGCUGUUGUGCUACAGAAUUAUCAUUGAAGGCAUCUGGAUCUGUGGUUUCCUUAACCCUUGGCACCAGGGAGAAGAAGAGCAGCAUGAACAGCUUUCUGCAGAAACCAAAUAAGCAUCUGCAGGGACCACUGUAAUGCAGGGAAUAUUUCAGGUGUUGCCUUAAAACACUUUUCAUUUCAAUAAUGGUCAUAAGUUUAAUGGAGCUCACUGCAGAGAGCAUCUGAUUUUCAUGAAGGUAAUUAUUUAUUCCCAUGUAUGGUUCUUAUGUUUGUGCUCACCAGGCUUGCAUACUUAAAAUUUAAACGUAUCUUUAUUUUUUUCAAAAUAAUAAGUCUACUAUAUCACUGAUAGUAUGAUGUCAGUAUUUUUUCACCUUACUGUGAUAUGAACAGUACUUAGCAUUUGCUACACAGAAUUUACUAACAGCACCAUCGCUGAAGGGUCAAAAAGCUGAAGUGUAUUGAACUAACCUGUCAUUUUUGUCGUAAUGAAACUUGUUUUAUUUUGUAGGAAUUACCUACAGUUGACUGAGUCCAUUCCAUUUUAAUGACUGAUGAACCGUUAACCUCAUGUUAGGUUUUGUUCUCACUGAAGACAGAGAAGACGACAUGUCCACUUUGUCUCUGACACAUUAGUGUUCAAUCACAGGGCACUGCCUGAGUUUUAUCUUACAUUUUAAUUUUUUAUUUUCCUAAAACAUUUCCUGAAACACCUGCAACAAAUGAAAGCAUUUUUUAAACAAC